CCGAUUUCUUCGCAUUUUCCACCGGACCAUUUCUAGCUGCGAACUCUCCACCAUUUGACCACUUGUUUGACGUUUCGGCCUUCCAUUUCUAAACUCCAUCUGGAUCGGAAGCACGCCCUUCGACGCUGCCCUUGCCAACCAUGGCGCAAAUCAGUCCAAAUGCGAUAAACGUCAACGAUCCGACGUUGAUCACGCUCGUCAAUAAGCUGCAGGAUGUGUUCACCACAGUUGGUGUUCAAAACCCAAUAGACCUCCCACAGAUUGUCGUCGUAGGAUCGCAGUCGAGUGGCAAGAGCUCCGUGUUAGAGAACAUAGUUGGGCGAGACUUUUUACCACGAGGAACCGGCAUCGUCACGCGACGACCGCUCCUCCUGCAACUCAUCAACCGCCCCGCCACAAAACCUGAAAUUAACGGCACCGGCCAAGGUCUCGCCCCCGAUGGCCAGGCGCCCGCCGAGUCCAAGGCGAUCAAGACGACCGACAAGGAGUCCAACGUCGACGAAUGGGGCGAGUUCCUCCAUAUCCCCGGCCAGAAGUACCACGACUUCAACAAGAUCCGCGAGGAGAUCGUGCGCGAGACCGAGUCGAAGACGGGCCGCAAUUCCGGCAUCUCGCCCGCCCCGAUCAACCUGCGCAUCUACAGCCCGAACGUGCUGACGCUCACAUUGGUGGAUCUGCCCGGGUUGACGAAGGUGCCGGUGGGCGAUCAGCCGCGAGAUAUCGAGCGGCAGAUCAGGGACAUGGUGUUGAAGUAUAUCACCAAGUCGAACGCCAUCAUCCUCGCCGUGACGGCCGCCAACACGGAUCUGGCGAACUCCGAUGGGCUGAAACUGGCGCGGGAGGUCGAUCCGGAGGGCCAGCGGACCAUCGGUGUCCUUACCAAGGUGGAUCUGAUGGACGACGGCACGGAUGUCGUCGACAUUCUCGCGGGCAGGAUCAUCCCGCUUCGACUGGGAUAUGUUCCGGUGGUGAACAGAGGACAGCGUGACAUCGAGACGAAGCGACCGAUCUCAUACGCUUUGGAGCACGAAAAGAACUUCUUUGAGAAUCACAAGGCAUACCGGAACAAGAGCUCUUACUGUGGGACCCCGUAUCUGGCGCGGAAACUGAACCUGAUCCUCAUGAUGCACAUCAAACAAACCCUUCCCGAAAUCAAGGCUCGGAUCCAAUCAUCGCUAUCGAAAUAUCGACAGGAGCUGGAUCAGCUGGGCGACUCGCUCCUAGGGAAUAGCUCCAACGUCGUGUUGAAUAUGAUCACCGAAUUCAGCAACGAGUACCGCACCGUCCUCGAAGGCAAUAACCAGGAGCUUUCCUCCAUCGAACUCUCCGGCGGCGCGCGUAUCUCGUUCGUGUUCCACGAACUGUAUUCCAACGGCGUCAAGGCCGUCGAUCCGUUCGACCAAGUCAAGGACAUCGACAUCCGCACUAUCCUGGUCAACUCCUCCGGGUCCUCGCCCGCGCUCUUCGUCGGGACCACAGCGUUCGAGCUCAUCGUGAAACAGCAGAUCAAGCGACUGGAAGAGCCGAGUCUGAAGUGCGUCAGUCUCGUGUACGACGAGCUGAUACGUAUCCUUGGGGGGCUUCUCACCAAGCCCGCGUUUCGAAGGUAUCCGGCGCUCAAGGAGAAGUUUCACCAGGUGGUAGUUUCAUUUUUCAAGCGAGCGAUGGAUCCAACGAACAAACUGGUCAAGGACUUGGUCUCUAUGGAGGCGUGCUACGUCAAUACUGGUCAUCCAGAUUUUAUCAACGGCACAAGAGCCAUGGCAAUCGUGCAUGAACGAUACCACGCCGCCAAGCCCACCCAGGUCGACCCGAAGACCGGCAAGCCGCUCCCACCCGCCGUUCCCCCGCGGUCCGCAUCCCCGAGCAUCGACGCAGAUGCCAGCGGCUUCUUCGGCAGCUUCUUCGCCAGCAAGAACAAGAAGCGGAUGGCCGCGAUGGAGCCGCCGCCACCGACGCUCAAAGCGAGCGGGACGUUGAGCGACAAGGAGACGCAGGAGGUCGAGGUGAUCAAACUGUUGAUCACGUCGUACUUCGGCAUUGUCCGCCGAACCAUGAUUGACAUGGUCCCCAAAGCCAUCAUGCUCGCCCUCGUCGCCCUCUCAAAGGACGAGAUGCAGCGAGAGCUGCUGGAGAACAUGUACAAGACCGAGGAGCUAGACGAGCUACUCAAGGAGAGCGAGUACACGGUCCGCCGACGGAAGGAGUGCCAGCAGAUGGUUGAGAGCUUGAAGAAGGCGAGCGAGAUUGUGAAUCAAGUGCAGUGAGUAAUGUAAGACAACCCGGGUGGCCCAAGCAGUUUCAAUCCAGCGACGAAGAAGGCACGAGCGAUGGCUUCUGGGGAUGUGGACGUUCAGGCAAGGGGUGGCACGGAGAGACGAGGGCCGCAUUAGAUAGAUUGACGUGUUUUGAAAUUGUCCGAGUUUGGUAUUCCUGGACUCCAGCGCGGGUUCCGGAGCGCGUUGCUUCGCAGAUUCCCCGAUCGCCAUUUUGUAUCUUCCGAAUACUUCCAUAGGUCUGUUAAACUCCCGCAGAAUGAAGCAGGGUUUACGCCAAAUAUGCUAUUUAAGUCUCCCC